UUACCCCUUUCCUACACAAGGCGUGAAAGACGGUUUGGUCACCAAUAAAACCCAAAAUCACCACCGCCGUCGGAAUCUAUGGCGUCAAGCUCCGGUGACGAGAAGACCGAGAGAGAGGAGCAAGAAGAGGCUCUGAUCGCUUUGAUCGAACACCGCGCCAAAGAAGUCGAUCAUCUCCGUACACGUGUCACCUAUUACAAAUCUCAGCUUGAAGAAGCUGAAAAGAGGUUAGGAGAAACCGAACGUAAACUGGCACACCUCAGAAGUCGAGGCAACGCUGUACCAUCUACAAAGGUUUCUGAAAACGGUGUAAAAGUAAAAGUAAAAGAAGAGAGAAGAUCAUGUAGUCCUACACCUACAAAGACCGGUGAACAUUCUAGAAACGGGAAACAUGAACAAAGACCGCAACUUGUUAUCCCUGCAGUGAAUCCCAAACCGUUUGUUCCUGUCAAGAUGGAAGAAACUGACAGUAGAUCAAUUCCGUCACAUAGCAAAAGCGCUGUGAAAGAAAAGGGUCAUAGAAUCUCACGUGAACAUGAAGGCAGUGAGACUCAAUCCAAAGGGACAAAAAGGAAAUUCGAGCAGCGAGAACAUAAGGAUUUAAUUCAGAUGGUGUGCAGUUCAUCUUCACCUCGCACAGUCAAUUGCCAAACAUCCAAUCACAUUCCAUCUCAGCAUAAGAGAAAGUUGAGAAGUCUUGCUUUGUGUCCGACAAAUGAUCAGCUUUUUGUUACUAGUGCUCUUGAUGGACUUGUAAAUCUAUGGCAAAUUCAGGCCAGAGGUGACAGAUCAAGUGCAUCUCAUCUUAGCACAGCUGAUUGUGCAUCAACCAAGAAUCGAAGAUGGCCUGAAGAUAUAGCGUGGCACCCACAUGGUGGCAGCGUAUUCACCGUCUACAGUGCCGAUGGCGGUGACUCUCAGAUAGCUGUCCUUAAUUUAAAUAAACCAAAAGAGAAAAAACGUGUAACUUUCUUUGAAGAUAAGCCGCACGUUAAGGGUAUUAUCAACAGCAUAACGUUCAUGCCAUGGGAAGAUGUUUGUUUUAUGACCGGUGGAAGUGAUCAUGCGGUUGUUCAUUGGACUGAGAGAAACGGUGAGGAUUGUUGGAAACCGAAAGUACUGCAUAGAAGUAUGCAUUCGUCAGCUGUAAUGGGCGUUGCUGGAAUGCAACAAAAGCAGAUGGUGGUUUCGGUUGGUGCAGAUAAACGGAUUAUUGGAUUCGAUUUACAAACAGGGCGAGCUGAUUACAAGCAUCAGAUAGAAAGCAAGUGUAUGAGUGUUCUACCGAAUCCGUGUGACUUCAAUCUCUUUAUGGUUCAAACCAGUACUCCAGAGAGGCAGCUACGACUAUUUGACAUCAGACUACGACGAACAGAAAUCCACGAGUUCGGUUGGAAACAAGAAAGCAGCGAGUCUCAAUCCGCCUUGAUCAACCAAGCAUGGUCACCGGAUGGUUUUUACUUAACCUCGGGUUCCGCAGACCCAAUAAUUCACAUAUUUGAUAUCAGGUUCAACUCUAAGAAACCCUCACAGUCCAUCAAAGCUCACCAAAAACGCGUGUUUAAAGCCGCAUGGCACCACUCACUCCCUCUCCUCAUUUCCAUAUCCUCGGAUCUCAACAUCGGUAUACACAAGAUUGUAUAAAACCCGAAACCCGACACUCCUGGGAGAACAAAAUUUUGUGAUGUGAGGUAGUAUAACAUUUUCCUGCGCAAUGUUGUUUGUUAUACAUUUUAAUAUAUGUUAUUUUAUUAGUUAAUAUCAUCCUAAAAGUUUUAUAUUA